UCGGCUCUAUUUAAUUAAAUAAGCCAAAAAUAACGAGUAAACUGAAACGUUAAUUUUCCGAAAUUAUUAUUUUAUUUUUAUUUUUUUUUAUUUUAAGUAAUUAAUUGACUUGGUUUAAAUAUCAAUAAAAUAAAAAACAAAAAAAAACUAAAAAAAAUUGCAAUUAAUGCUGUACAAUCAUAUACAUUUAUUUUGUAUAUAAAGGAUGAAUUUAAAAAUGAAUUUAAAAUUUGAUAGUCCAAAAUAUGAAUAUUCGCGUUCACCAAGUGGCAAUAUAUCUGUUGUUGAUAUUGUUUUACCAGAUGUUUUACAUUUGAUUGAUAAUUAUUGGUAUCAAUUUCCACCGUUAAAUCCAUUAUGGCAUGGUAUAUUAAUGUUUGUAAUGUGUAUAUUAGCAAUAUUAUCAUUAAGUGGAAAUUUUAUUGUUAUAUAUGUAUUUACAUCAACGAGAACAUUAAGGACACCAUCAAAUUUAUAUGUUGUUAAUUUAGCUAUAUCUGAUUUUCUAAUGAUGUUUACAAUGGCACCACCAUUUUUAGUUAAUUGUUAUAAUGAAACAUGGGUUUUUGGUCCAUUAAUGUGUCAAAUAUAUGGUAUGUGUGGUUCAUUAUUUGGUUGUACAUCAAUAUGGUCAAUGGUAUUAAUAGCAAAUGAUAGAUAUAAUGUUAUUGCAAAAGGAAUGGCAGCAAAACCAUUAACAAUAACUAUGGCAAUUAUAAAAAUUUUAGCAAUAUGGUUAUUUAAUUUGGCAUGGACAAUUGCACCAGUAUUUGGUUGGAAUCGUUAUGUACCAGAGGGUAAUAUGUCAGCAUGUGGUACAGAUUAUUUUUCAAAAGAUUGGUUAAGUCGUUCUUAUAUUGUUUCAUAUUCAAUUUUUGUGUAUUUUAUACCAUUAUUUUCAAUUAUCUAUGCAUAUUAUUAUAUUAUUAAGGCGGUAGCAGCUCAUGAAAAAAAUAUGAGAGAACAAGCCAAAAAAAUGAAUGUAACUUCAUUAAGAUCUGGUGAUGAUAGUAAAAAUAUAUCUGCUGAAUAUAAAUUAGCAAAAAUAGCACUUAUAACAAUAUCUUUAUGGUUUGUCGCAUGGACACCAUAUUUAAUUAUUAAUUGGUUUGGAAUAUUUGAAAUAGCUUCAUUAUCCCCAUUAAAUACAAUUUGGGGUUCAUUAUUUGCUAAAGCGAAUGCUAUAUAUAAUCCAAUUGUUUAUGCUAUUAGCCAUCCAAAAUAUCAAGCAGCAUUAUAUGAAAAAAUACCAUGUUUAGCAUGUGACGCAAAUGGAAGUGAGAAAAAAGCAGUAUCAAAUAAUGAUGGAAAUCAAUCAACUGUUACAGCUGAAGAAGUCAAAGGAAACUAAACCAGCAACAAAAAAAAAAUAAAAUUAUUGAACAAAAUAAUAAAUGAAAUAAAUAUGUGUGUAUCAAAUUGUUUAUACUUA